CUCACUGCACCGCGGAGACACAGCGCACAGACUGUGUUAGUGUGUGUGUUCGGGGGGAAAAAGUGUGUGAGAGAUUUCAACAUGCACGGAAAGCCCUGACAGUGAAGCACCGCGGUGUGUGUGUGUGUGUGUGUGUGUGUGUCGAGAAGACGGCUGGAGAUCCAUGGACUUCACACGAGUUUACUGAGAAGCGCAUUGUGGGAAAAACGGUGGCGUAAUGUCAAGUGGCCGUGAAUCAGUGGGUGACUUGAUUCCCCAGGACAUGCUGGAAGUUUUUGCCCAGGAGCGACAGAGUAAGCGGGGCAAGAGAUCCAGGAGGAGGAACACCUUUGGCCGCGCGUUCAGCUGGUUAAAGGGACGGCGCAGAAAAAAUCUCCGUCAAAACAAAGACAUAAACAUCAACCUGCUCACACCUGGAUUACUCGUGCCAAUCCUACUGCCUUCAACCAACACAGUAAAAAGUGAGACACCGUGUCCUCUAAAGCACGUCCAAGAGAAUGUGUUUAUUGAGGGACCUCGAACAAAGUAUGUAGAAGAUCUGCAAAUGGAGGCUCAGGAGGGUCUGAAACUCCUACAGCACGAUGAAAACAGAAAUGGUGUGGACUAUCGGGAUGACCAGAGUGUCAUUUCCACUGUAACGGCUCGCACGGACGACGACGUGAGCUUCAGCGAACUGGGAAUGUCCGAGUCGGAGAGUACCGCUGCUGACACCAUCUCCACACGGUCUGUCACUUCCUAUCAGUCUUCACGUUCCGGACUUACGAGGCAAGGCUCCACCUUCAGACCACUAAAAGAGGACAAAAAACACGGGAAGGGCAGAUCAAAGAAAAAGGCUGGAAUGUUCACAGGAAUACCAAGACACAUACAGAAAGAACUGGGGCUUGACAGAGCUGCAUGGACGGCAUCCCAGUUCACUGACGCUCAGCUGUCCAAUGGAGGUUUGAGCAUUUCCACCGUCAUUCCCACCCUGGAUAGCAUUUCCCUCGCCUCGGUCCCAGACGGAGCAAUAAUGUAUCUGCAGAACAUGAACAGUCUUCAACAGGCUGUAACAGAGGAGACAUCACAGCUCCCACCACAGGAGGGAGAGCAGUCGAUCGAUCCACAGAAUCCGAAUUCACUAGCCCGUCCCUGGAUGACCACCUCGGGCAACUCUCCGUCCAGUCCAGUGAUGUACGUCUCCCCUGAGGCCACGUACAUGUCCAAGAUCAUCCCAAACGCGAUACUGCCUCCAUCUGUGGACGUGGUUGAACUCAGCCGCAACAGAAGUCGUAGUAGCGUUCGCAUGGUGAGCAAGAGCAGCCUGGCGUCGGCCAGUCCAGCUCCGUCGAGAGCCUCGUCCCGGGCAUCUUCCAGGUUCUCCUCACGAGCUCCAUCUCUGAUGUCUUCGCGCUGUUCUUCUCGGGCUUCCACGCGUCGGACCGCCACCCUCUCGGAAUUCUCAGGCUGGAGCCAGUCGGGAUCAUCGGAGACGCUGGUCUCGGACUCUUCCACCAUUUCUAGCAGCAGCACUCCUCGUGCAGCCAGCAGGAAUCGGGCAGAAGACAAGAUUGGACCUUCUAUGGACAAACAUUAUCCCGAUGCCCAAAAUAUCCCUUUCAAUCCUGUGAACGGUAACAACCCAGCAGAGGAAGCUUGGAAGACCUCGGGAUCGACGAGUCCUUUUAAUCGCAGCUUAUCGGUGAUUAAAAGGAGCAAGAAACCACCACCUCCACCAAGUCGCUCGUAUUCGCUGCAUUCAAAUGCACGCGCAAGAACUUUUGAUAAGUAUAAUUCUCUGAGAAACGGAUGUCAGAAAGUCGAAUCACCCUACAGUGUUUAUACAAGUCAGAACGGAAACACGGCUGUUCCACCUAAAGAGAACCCGAGCAGCAGUAGAACAGUGUUAGCAGAGCUACAGCUACAGAAAAGCCAAAUGCGUACAGGCCCCGUACCCUAUUCACACGCUAACGGCAGGAGUCACCAGAAUAAGCUCAAGCAGUUCAUGCCAUCCAUCAAAAGUCUAACCUCUAAUGGUGUGGUUGCUUCACCAGCUGUGAGGACUAUUAUGGCACUCCUUGAUGUUCCAGAUCCCCCCAAAGUUCUGGCUCCACCUUCACCUCCUCCUGAGACAUGGGCUCACAAUCAACGAACCUUUGAACUACUGUGUGGACCUGGACCUGUCAAUUUUGAGCGGUGGGCACAAAAAAGAGGUCUGAAGAUUGAAGUCCCAAUCCCAAUGGCUAAAAGGAAAAUACCACCAAAAAGCCAAGCAACAAAUGAAAUGAAGGACACUAUAGAAGCACCUAAAACUCAAGAAGCCAUGGUCAAAGACCUGAUAUACACGACUACUCCUACAAAGAUAUCCGUUGACGUUCAGCCUCCUUAUGGCAACGCUCUGCCUUUACCCAGGCUUACCAAUGUCCGUCCUUCCCCGUCUCCUUCACCGCCUCCCGAACAUAUACCCCCCCUGCCCCCAACAGACCAAGCCGUAACUCUAAAAGAAAACGCAUCCGCUCAGUUCCGAGGACCAGAUGACGACAUCAUAUUUCCCCCUCCACACCCAUUGUUCCCACCACCCGCACCUCCUACAAAAGUACCCCCUUCACAUCCGCCGGAUGGGCAGGACGAAACAGAAUACGCAUCUUCACCCAUGCCACCUUCUCUACGUUAUUUAUUAAAAGUGCCCCCAGUGCCACAGGACGCUCAGCCGUCUUCUUCAGGCGAGAAGAUCCCGCCUCCUCCUCCAAUGAUGCCACCUCCUCCACCAGCAAUCCCACCACCUUCAACAUCUAAAACUCCUCCUCCACCAGCAAUCCCUCUGCCUUCACCGCUGAUUCCUCCUGCAGAGAGCCCUUCUCCUCCAAAGAAAUCUCCACCAGAUUUAUCCUCAAAGCAAGCUCAAAUCUCGUCCACGACAUUUAACGUCCCUCCACCGCCGCCGCCAUUACCAGUAGAUCUUAAGAAAGAAGUCAAAGCGAUCACAGUUGAAAAACAGGACAAAUGUUCAUCUCAGCCCACCACCCACACAGUUGUAACUUCAGAGGAGAGUCCUACCCCAAUGGUCACACCUUCCUUAUUACAGAACGUUCGUCUCAGGUCAAUCAAGUCCAAAGUGAGCUCAGCCGAAUCUGGAGGAGCAAAACCCCAAAAGCCAAUGAGAAGAUCUCUGAUUUUGAUUACACUUGAUAUUCCCUCACAAUCAAAUACAGAUCAAAAGGAUGAUGCUCAACCACCAUCGGACUCCCAACAAAAAACUGAACCAAAAGUACUGUCUGGAGGUGCAGAACAGGUUUCACUGGAUGUAAAGCUUAAACCCCAUAGCCAAGUCAGCAUCCCAGACCAAAAAACUCAACAAGCAAGCACUGAACCAAUCAAAGAGCCCUUGUCUGCUGAAUCAGUAGCUGAACCAAUCAAAGAGCCCUUGUCUGCUGAAUCAGUAGCUGAACCAAUCAAAGAGCCCUUGUCUGCUGAAUCAGUAGACCAAACCCCCAAUUCAGAACCUGAACCCAAGAUCACUGUGCAGGACAUUCAAAAUGCAACACCUGAACCAUCAAAUGCUCUAAACCCUGCCGAACCAAAAGAUCAACCCGUUGCCAAGGACAUAAAAGAAGUACAGAAUGACUCCAGUGAAACAAGAGAGAAGCAAAGUUCAUCACUGGUACAACCAGAGCAAGAUGCUAAACUUUCUAAACCCCAAACAUUAACACUUAGAUCUCCAAGACUCAAUCCUGCUCAAAAAGUGCCUUCAGCUAGUGUUCAAUCUUCAUCUUCCAGGUGCCUCCAAGAAGCCAUUCGUCUAAAAACCGCUGCCUUGUCAUCCACAGACGGCCAAGCAAAGCGCCUGAGUCUGCUGCAUUCCCCUCCACUGUCCAUAGGGCCCAUCUCACCAUCAUCUACAGCAAACUUCAUCUUCUCCAAAAGCACGAAAAAGGUGGUGAUCGAAAGACCUCCGUUAUCUCCGGAGUCCAAAUCAGAUCUGACAAAGACGCUGGUUCAAGAGUUGAAUUCUGUUCCGCGAACAUCCAAACCUGCUGCUGAUCCCCACGACACAAAAGCCAAAGUCCCUCCUCCAGUCGCUAAGAAGCCCAGUGCUAAGAGUGAAAGUAUUACACAUAAUUCCUCAGAGAAUAAUGUGGACACCGAGCAUGUGCAAACUGCUGGUCAGUGAGUGCAGCCACUGGAAAGAAGCAGAUGAUGGACGAUUUGAAGACCGGGACCACGUUAAUUCAUAAACUGUAAAUAAUUCACAAUUACGACCACAAGGUGGCGCUCUGUAACGUGCGCCGAACAGGAAACUGACGUGGACGAAGACAGAAACGCCAUUGAAUGCUGCAGAAGUGGAGGAAAGAAUAAUGGGGAGAGAAAGAAGGUGUAGAAUGAGGAAAAGGAAGGAAAAAGGUGGUGGAUGUAGAGAAAUAAGUGAAAAAUGAAAAACAGACAGGAAGAAAGGAAUGAAGAAGACUUUCAGUGGGAAAGUAGCUCAUAAGAGAUUUGUGUAUUUGUAAAACAGUAGAAACGUUUUGUGUUGUUGUUUUUUCCACAGAAGGUGUUGGUCUGUGUGACAAAAUAAUUUCUGAUGUAAAUAAUUUGCAAUAUGAUGAUGUACAGUUCGAACUUUUUGCCCAGAACAAAUUUAAACAGGUCUAUUGACUGGACCUUCCUUAAUUUUAAUAUAUAACAUUUUUGUGCACUACUAUAUCCUGUGUGUGGGGAAUCACUGAUUUAAGACUUUUAGAAUUUCUUUCAUUUCUGAAUCCAUUCUGUCUAACUUAUUGUUUAGAAAGAAAAAUCCGUUCUUCGCUCAACUGCUCGACUUAUUUCAGGUCCAGUCUCCUUUAACCGCUUUUCUUUUGCCAUUCUUUUGUUGUUGUCAUGAUUUAAUUUCAGUAACUAUCUGUGGUUUAUUUACACAAAGCAGUAUAGCUUGUAUAAAAGGGUAGAAUUAAAAUCAGGCAUUUUUAUGUAGCCUGCGGUCGCUUCUGCUUAAAGAGCUUGAUGUUCUUUUGUUCUGUUUUUUUUUAAAGCACCUUAUAAUCACCACUGACAUGAACACUGGACUUACAACCAGGUCUUUUUUUUCUCAAGCUGUUAAACCAUUAAACACAAUCUGAAGCAUGAAUCUGUCUCUCUGUCUGUCAACAUGUUCAUCACCACAGAGUCAGAAGGUGUUGAUUAAUUCUCUCUAACAGCAGCUCUGACUGUAGAGCAGGUUCAGAUUAAUGUACUCACUCUGACGCUUUAUCGUCUCCAUAGCAACCCCUCGUUCACGGGGACGUGUACAGCUCACAUUCCACGUACACAGAUCAAAUCGAUUGGUGAUCAUUAAUACCAAAUAAAUGAUAAAACACA